AUGAUCUCGAGAUCCCUUCUCGCGAGAAACGCCCAGCAGGUCCUCCGGCGGUCCUGCGGCGUCCGACCCCUGCAGUCCCGUGGCUUUGCCGCCGCUGCCGACACGGGCGCCUUCGACACCUCGGAUAUCUCUGGACUCAAAGUCGCCUCCCGGGAUGCCCAUGGCCCGACGGCCAAGCUUGCCGUCGUUGCCAAGGCUGGCACUCGAUACCAGCCACUGCCCGGCCUGACCGUUGGGCUGGAGGAGUUUGCUUUCAAGAACACGCAAAGACGAUCUGCCCUCCGCAUUACGCGCGAAUCCGAACUUCUUGGUGGUCAACUCGCUGCCUCGCACACCCGUGAGGCUCUUGUGGUAGAGGCCAGCUUCCUCCGUGAAGACCUCCCCUACUUUGCCGAAUUGCUUGCCGAGGUCGUGUCUAUGACCAAGUACACAACCCACGAGUUCCACGAGGACGUUGAGAGAGUUCUUCCCAUCAAGCAGGCUGCUCUGCGUGCCAACAUCCCCGCCCUGGCCCUCGACAAUGCGCACGCCGUUGCCUUCCACACCGGUCUCGGCGCCCCUAUAUAUCCUUCCCUGUCGACUCCGCACCAAAAAUACUUGAACGAGGAGUUCAUUGCUAGCUAUGCCGAUGUCGUCUACUCCAAGUCCAACAUUGCCGUUGUCGCGGAUGGCGCCUCCGCCUCCGACCUGUCCAAGUGGGUUGGCCAGUUCUUCAAGGAUGUCCCUGCCUCGUCACAAAGCGGACAGACUCUGAAGAUUGAGGCGUCAAAGUACCACGGUGGCGAGCAGCGGAUAGACCAUGCUGGCGGAAACUCCAUGGUCAUCGCCUUUCCUGGUUCGGACAGCAACGGCUCGAAGCCUGAAAUGGCCGUCCUGGCAUCGCUACUUGGCGGCAAGCCUACCGUCAAGUGGGCCCCUGGCUUCAGCCUGCUCUCCAAGGCCAGCACUGGACUGGCUGGUUUCUCCGCCUCUACGUCGAACCUCACGUACUCUGACGCCGGCCUGCUGGCUGUUCAGCUUUCGGGUCCCGCCUCGUCUGUUCGCAAGAUUGCCGAGGAGACCGUCAAGGCUCUGAAGAGCAUUGCAGACGGCUCUGUUGCCAAGGACGAUGUGGCAAAGGCUAUUGUGAACGCUAAAUUUGAUGUAUUGGAGAAGGCCCAGUUACGAGGACCAAGCAUGCUGCUGGCGGGAUCUGGCCUGGUGAACAACGGCAAGGCUUUGGAGCUGGCUGCCCUGGCCAGAAGCAUUGAGUCCGUCACCGCCGACAAGCUGAGCAAGACUGCCAAGGCCCUAUUUGACGGGAAGGCGACCGUCUCUACCGUCGGCGACUUGUUUGUGCUGCCGUUUGCCGAGGAAAUAGGCCUGCAAGUAUAG